CAUCUUCAAUGACACAACGAGGUCAAGAUGAACGAUGUAGGAACGACUGGAGUCUGAACAAAAUAAAAAUAAAAAUAAACAACAAGGGAGACAACCGUUAUUUAGGUCUCUUAACUCUCCAUGACCGAACGAGAGAAAGAGAAAGGGAGAAAGUAAAUGAGAAAGUGUAACAGCAGAUAACGAUACACACAACACGUUAUUUGAAGAAGACGUUUAUAAUGGUGAUGUACUGUGUUACUAUUGUUAAUAGUGUAUAGCUUCGUUUGUUUUUAUAUGUGAAGAGAAGUAGAAAGGAAAAAAACAUCCUUGAUAUGACCCGUUUGUUGAUUAAGGUUAUGUAUUAUGGACCGAUUUGCACAACAUUGGACCACUAACUUUACGCUGUCAAAUCCACAUGGCAGCUUAUAAAGAAAUGGUUCCAAUACUUGUUUAAUUAGAUGUGAUAUCGUGGAAAGAUUUUGGUAAUCAAACCCCUGCUGAAAGUUUCGACUAAAUACCAAAGAUGUCAUCCCACAGCCAAGUAUCAGAGCAACUAUUGACCUACUUGGAGACAAAAAGCAAUGGUCGAACUGUGCUUACUGUUCCAGAUGGCAAAUACAAGGGUUGGCUACCCAAGUCUUUGUACUCCUUGGAGCUGGAUGAACUCUAUCUCCCAUUUAUGCGAUUGUACACCUUCCCUGUACGCGGCAGUAGUCUAGGUUCUCUAACUAGCUUAAAAGUUUUCCAUGCUGUUGGCAACUACCUCCAAACUAUUCCAAACUGUUUUACUCAAAUUUCUGAAUUACAGAAAUUAAACCUUAGUUAUAAUAACCUCUCAGAGCUAUCACAGUCUAUUUUCAAACUAACCAGUUUGGUUGAGCUAAACCUGUGUGAGAACAGCGUUGAAAGGCUACCGCCGGAAAUCGGAGAGCUUAAGAAUCUGCGCCAUCUGAAUAUCGGUGGAAAUCUGUUGUCCGAAGUUCCGGAACAAAUGAGUCAAUGCAAGAAGUUGCAGAUUCUUAAUCUGUCUGGAAAGUGGAGUCCGCGAGGUGGAUUACGGACGUUACCAAUUUCAGUGUGCAAUUUGCCAGAACUGCUCACCCUUGACUGCAGUUGGCACCAAAUUGACACACUCCCUGAUGAAAUUGGUAAUUUAAAAAAGCUGAAAAUUCUUAGCUUGCGUGGAAAUCACUUAAAAUAUAUAUCUGAAAAAAUUGCUGAUUGUACUAAUUUGCAAGAACUUCAUCUUACUGCCGCUAUGCGGUUUAUUCCUAAAAUACCUGUAGCUUUGCUUAACCUCAAGAGUUUAGUUAAACUGAAUAUAAGUGGCAAUUAUUUUACUACUAUACCUCCUGAAAUUAGUGGAUUAGAAAAUUUGAAAGUAUUUCUCAUGCAGAAAAAUGCUUUACUCCAAUUGCCUGAAGAAUUCUUCAAUCUUCAGCAGUUGGAGGAAAUUGAACUGUCAGACAAUUAUCUUGAAACAAUUCCUGGUAGUAUUAGAAGGCUUCAUGUUUUACGAAAAUUGAGUGUGUGCAAUAAUAGACUAAAAUCUUUGCCUAAUGAAAUAUCUAGUUGCCAGUCGCUUCAGUCACUCAAUUUAGCUCACAACUUGCUUGAAGAAAUUCCGGACACGUUCCACCGACUUGACAACUUAGACUUUUUGAACUUGACAGAAAAUAAACUCAAGCGCUUGCCUCUCCUCUUAGACCAGCUUACUGGCCUUGAGAAAACAAAUGGCAUUUUCUUGCAAGGCAAUUAUUUGGUAAAACCACGGCAGGAAAUAUGUGAUCAAGGUGUGGGGGCAUUGUUUAAAUACUUGAAAGAAAUUCGAGUUAGUGAGGCAAACCAUCGGAGAAAGAUGAUUCUUACUGGUGCUGUGAAGGCUGGAAAAACCAGCUUACGAAAUGCAUUGCUUUUGGGCCGAUCACGAUUAACUGCAGAUGAUGAACGAACGUGGGUAUUGGAACGCCAUCUCUGGGAACCUGAAGAAAGCUUACGGGUACAGAUUCUUGAUUUUGGUGGGCAUCAUAUUUAUUCUGCUGCUCAUCAUAUGUUUCUUACCUCAGAAGCUUUGCACAUUCUUGUUUUUGAUCUGAAUGUGUUUUCUUGUGAUCCUGAAUCCUAUGACUUUAGGAUCGGAGAUUGGCUGGAAGGAAUUCUGGACAGAGCACCAGGAGCAUCUAUUCAUUUAGUUGGAACUCACGCUGAUCUUUGUAAUGAGAAUGAAAUAGCAGAGAAGAAGGCUUACAUCCUGGAGAAGAUGCAUUCUGAAGAGAACACGAAGAUUGAUAAUCUUCGUAUGGAAAUAAAUCAACUGAAAGAGAAGUUAGAAAGUACGCAGAGACAAGACACUGGCAAGAGUGGUUUUUCAGAUUUCGAUGUUGAACGAGAUUCUGAGAAAUUAAGUCACCUGCAGCGUAUGGUAAAUACCCGAGUGAUAUUACCUGAUGAUAUUUCAACAGUCAGUUGUGCAGAUGAUCUUGUCGGCAUUAAUGAAUUUGUUGAUAAAGUCAUCACUACAUUGAAAGAAUCAGAACAGCGGCCUCUUCCAAAGUCUUGGUAUAGUUUCUUAAUUGAGCUGCAGCAACGAGAAGAGAAAAUACUUCAAUGGAAUGAUACAUUAAAGAUUUUUACUGAUCUCAUGAAAAGCUUAGGCCAGUCAAUGAUUAGCAUGGAAGGGUCUCCUGAAAAAAGUUUGCAAGUUAUUUUAAAAUAUUUUCAUGCAACUGGAGAAAUCAUUUGGUACUAUGACAAUCCUAAGCUCAAUAAGCUUGUAUUCCAUCGACCAGAGACACUGAUUGAUAUGUUGCGCUCAAUAUUUCGGCAUGAUUUUGAGGAUAUUAUGGUGUAUCAUCGACAUUUGGGCUUGAAAGUGAACAUGACUGAGGAACAAUUUAGAAAUGCCAAGCAACUUUUCCUUCAUGAAGGAAUGAUGUCAGUUGAACUUCUUCGCUAUACUCUUUGCCACUUUCAACUUGAUGUCAGUGCUCUUGAGACAUUUACCUCACUCAUGUUAAAGUUUGAUCUUUGCUAUGAGAUACCCAUUAAUGAGAUUAAUGUCUCGUUACUGGACUACACCCGAUUACUUUUAUUUCCUUGGUUCUUACCUGAUGUCUCACCAGCAAAUCUUGCCUCAAAGUGGCCUACUCAGGUCCCUAAGGACACUGUACAGCUCACAAUUCAGUUUCAAUUUCCAAAGAAGGGUCCACCAAAUUUCUUUGAAAAAGUUUCUGUUCGUUUUCAGAACUAUGUAUCUUACUGCGAUGGUUGGCGCAAUGGUAUCUAUGCUAGAUACAAUUUGAGUAAAUGUUUGCUGCAGAAAGAUAAGAAAGAAUUGAAUGGUCAAAAUAUGAUGCUAGUUACUCUGUCUGUACGAGGCAGUGAUAUGCAAGAACUCUGGAGUCUCAUUCACAUGACUUGGCAAGACAUGCUUGGUCUUCUACAUGAGUGGCCAUUUGCACUUGUUGACAUAAAGCUACUUUGCUCGCAUUGCAUCAUGACAGGAAAUGAGGAUCCAUACCAGUUCUCAGGGAAAGUUUUGGAACGUCGCUGCCCCAAGGGAGUCUACCACGUGCAGUGCCCUAAUCAAAAAGAUUGUCCCAUCCCUGCUUGUUUUGUCUACUUCCUUGAUCCAGAAUUCCAAGAAGAUUUACCAAAGCAUAUUCAGACCACAGUUGAGUUCAUGCACAGGUGUAAUAUCUUGAUGCAAACCAUGGAUGAUAUUGAUGGAUCUUCUGCCGAUACUGGCCUGCUGAGUGAUCUGGGUUUAAGGUAUUUGGCUGCCAAACUUGGCAAAGAUUGGUUUGCAGUUGGUCUCCAGUUGGGCUUACAACAAGCUGACAUUGAAAGAAUCCAACUUAACCAUCCUUCUGACUCUUUCAAGCAAAUCUUUACCCUCUUAGUUCUGUGGAGGGAUAACAACAGGGGUAAUUCCAAUAGAAUUGCAGAACUACUAAGCGCCCUGGAAAUCAGUGAACUGAAUGCGAUAGUGGCAGAGCUAAAGAAGAAAUAUGCCAUUGAGGACAGUUAAUCUAGGACCAACGGUAGACAAGUUAACCAAGUUAAUAUGGUGGUUUAUUUGGCCAUCAUUGAGAAGUAGACAGAAGAGAGAGAGAGAGAAAAAUGAAGAGAGAGGGAAGGCAAGGGAGGGAAAGGGAAGGUGAUGACUGACACUACUUGUGAUUUAUUACAUAUACAUGUUUAUACACACACACAUACUCUCACAUGCACACACACCACACACACACACACACACACAAACGCGCUCUUACUCUGCCAUACAUAGUGAGCACAUAAUCACGAUGAAUUCAGGUUAUAUAUGCAGCUGUGGAAGACAAGCAAAAUUUUGGUUUUUUUCCACCAAAAAAAAAAAAACCUGCAAAACAUUUUGCUAGAGAUUUAUUUUUUACAAAAUUUUAUUUAUUUACUUUUUCCUAUGAUCUUUGACAUUUUCUGGGUUUGAGGAAUCCAAAUUGGAUUUGAGGGUUGGUUAUGUGUUUUCCUUUUUGGGAUGGAACAAUUUUUUUUAAACAUUUUGUUUCUUUUCCCUGUUUUUCUUUUAUUCUUUUCCUCAGUGCACUUUCUGUGCUUGUAUAUAAGAAUAUUAACCUGAAGAUCAAUAUUGUAUUGUUUUGCUUUCUUUUGAUAGUAUGACCUUAAUUCAAGGAGAAUGGACUGCCAGAAUCGGUAGAGCAAUGGACUAAAUGCCUUGUCAUAGUUAGUUACAUCCCUUUAUGUUCUGAGUUCAAAUCCUGCCGUGGUCAACUUCACUUUUUAUCCUUUCAGGCUUCAUGAAAAAAAGUUAUAGUUAAGUAAUGGUGAGUGUAUGUGUGUGAAUUGAAAUCAUUAUGUCCCUGCCUCUUUAAUUUCUUGCCUUGUUCUGCCAAUUGUAGAACUUAAAUGUUAUGACUAUAUUUCUGUCAAGCACCAUAGAGCAGAGGUACUCUUCAUACAAGGCAAGUAUGCCAGCCUAUUUCAUUUUCUGAUUCUAGCCAGUUCCUUUCUUCGUAUGUAUCAAUAAUGAUUCUCGCAUGAAGAGCAUGAAUAUUAUAGCACAAUCUCAUUUUACUCUUCUCCAUUGAUAAAGGCCUUCUGCCUAUGUAAGCAGUCAAUUUAAGGUCAAUGUUCUUUCAAGAUUUAUGAGGUGAGGUGGGGUGGGGUAUAACAAAUCAAACACUGUCACCUGUAUAAAAACCAGUGUGUGUGUGUGUGCGUGUGUAGGAGGUGGGUGAGGUACAGAUUCUGUUAUGUGUUUAUGUGAUUAUUAAAAUAUGCUCUAGUAAUGCAAUGGUGUUGGGUCACCUGAUCAUUUACAUAUGAAGAUGAUCUAGGAAUGGCCCAAAAGAGUAAUUAGAAGCAUUAUGCAUAUCUGUACAUUUGUAUGAGUGUUGUUUCAUUAUACAUACACACAUAUAUAUGUAUCUAUAUAGUUUAUAUAUGCACAUACUACAUGUAUACAUACAUAUAUAUAUAUAUACUACAUAUGUAUGUAUGUGUAUGCAUUCACAAAUGCAUAUGUAUAUAUCAGCAUAUAUAUUAAAAACAGUUGUUUUUCAGUUUUAAUUUAUUAAACAUUAUAUUUUAGAUAUUAUAUAACCUGCUUAUAAUGCUACUAGAGAAGAGCAUGACUGCCACACAAACUUACCUCCUGUCUUCUUAUGAACCAAUGUAAAAAAAUCAAAAUUAACAUCAUUGUUUUUGUUGCUUUUUUUGUGUAUGUGUGUGCUGUUUACUGUUUCCCUCAGAAAAUAGAGUUUCCUCAUUCUCUGUAUCCUCAGCAGUUGUCAAGGGCUGUGAGUUAGCAAGGGCUGUGGGUUAGUAGAUUUGGUACAGCAUUGGACUCUGUUUUGGCUGUACAGAGGCAUGUUCCUUUUUAUGAUUUGAUUUCACAUCCCACUGAAGUUGACUUUGCCUUUGAGCCUUCUAUGAAUGAUAAAAUAAGGUUCCAGUUAAGUACUUGGCAAGGAGUGGUGUAUCAAUAUAAACGACUGCUCCUUCUCCUAUAAAUUUGUGGCCUUGUACCUAUAUUAGAAACGAAUAUUAUGAUUUGUGUGUGUUAGUUUUUCCUCCCCCCCCCUUUCCCAUUCUGUUAAUAUUAUAUGCUUUGGAAUGUGAUAUCUUCAAGUUGUCCAGCCGUGCUUUACCUCCAAAGUGAAGCUGCUCUAUAUACACAAAAAUCUGUGUGUAUGUGUGUAAAUCUGUGUAAAUGGCUAAUGAUAUCUCGUUCUUUUUUUAUUCCUAUAUGUAUGUGUGUUUGAUAAUUCUUGUAUCAUUUUCUCUGUUUCUCUAUCAAUUGCUCUCCUUGAAUACAUGUGUCUCCUAUCAUUAAACCAUUUAUUUUUGCAUUUUCAAAUUGUAUUAUUUCCUCACCCUACUCUAUCUCCUCAUAUUUUUAUCUGUCCCUUGCUGAUUAAAAAAACUAUUGAAUCCUGAAAAAAGAACAAGGCUCUUUUAGAAAGAUUUGAAUGAAAGUAAUAGUGAUACUACCCAUAAAAGUGUUUAUAAUGAUAAUACUUUGGAUAAAUUUGUGUGAGACUUGUGGCUUGGUUAAUAAAGGUGAGAGAAAACAUUCAGUUUGAAAAUCAUUUAGGAGAACCAUGAAGUUCAGUGUAAAGGAAAAUGUUUUCCUCCUGAAAUUCCUGCUGGAACUUUUGAGGGUUCUUUCUUUCUCUUCAUCUUUAUUUUGCCUCUGUUCUGAGAGGAAACCUUGAAAUUUAUUGCAAACAAAAGAUGAUUAUUGAUUAUGGGUAACUAUCAGUCAAAAAAAAAAAUGAUAUGAGGUUGAGGGUGAUGAUAAGUUAAUUUGUGUGAAACGAAAGUGAAAUAAAUUUCAGAGAUGCUUUGCUCCUCACAGAAACUGCAGGAGCAACUCAGAGGUAUUGCAAGCUUUUUAAUCUGUCAUGAUUACCCCAUAGCCUGUAGGCUUUGCCUGAGUGGGGCAGGCUUGUCAACAGGGUUUUCUAUUUUCUGUAUGUAUGCAUAGUGUACUACUCUCUCUCUCUCUUAUUAUAUCCUUUGGUUUCUAAUGUUUUAAUCAAUAAGAAAUCUUUCUCUCUGUUUAAUUCUUCCUUUACUUUCUUUGCCACUUUAUAUGUCUGUCUGUGAAUGAAUCUCAUUCUGUCUCUCUCUCCUCUCUCUCUCCCCCUCCUUUUCUCACUCUCUCACCAUUUUUAUGCCCAUUACAAAAUAUCUCUACUGACCCUCUUAAAAGAUGUAACAAACAAACACGGCGCCAUUUCAGCAUUCUCCUUAAAUCACUAUAAACAUUUCAGUCCUCUUUGUAAAUUAUUUCCCUUGUAUCUUUAUUUGGUCUCUUAACGUGCAAUUCUCAGUACUUUUGAGCCCUGGUAAUAACAUGUAUCUGCCCAACAGCCUACCUAAGUGUCUCUUCAUCUCUUACUUAGUGUGUGUGUGUGUAUAUAUAUAUAUAUAUAAUAUAUAAUUAUGUGUGUAUGCAUGCAUGUAUCAAUCAUCAUCAUCAUUGUUUUAAUACCACUUUCUCGUGCUAGUGUGAAUUAGGCACAAUUCAUUGACACAGAUUUUCUGUGGCCAAAUGACUGUCCUAUCAUCAGCCAUUACCUCUUUCCAAGAAAAGGUAAUACUUCCCUAUGGCCAAGCAUAUUUUCACAGAAGAUUGGAAACAAAAGGAUACCACUUGUAUGAUAGUGACAUUGGUUUAUAACUAUUGUACAAUGUCAGGACAAGUAUACACAAACAUAUACAUACACAUACAUGCAUAUUGUUAAGUAAAGUCUUAAAAGUUAGCAUGUCCUUUGAAGGUCAUAGGGGAAAAAAAAUCACUGACUUUUCAUUGGGCUUUAUCUCUAUAAGUAUGGCAUAUUAUGUCAAUAUGAAACACACACACACUACACACAUACACAGACUCCUGGAUUAAGUUUGUCUCCUACACAAGAAUUAAGCACCAGCCAUAAGGAUUUUUGAGGCUUGGCUUAAAGGGAUUGAGGAGGAAAAUAAUUUUUAACUGAAAGAAAAGUGGGUUAUGUAUUGCAUUGUCAACAGUGUUUGUUUUCUGUUGCUCUCUUGGUUUCAUUAAGGAAACAAUACAAAUCUAAUUACUUAAAAUAACUAUGAUAAUAAAGCUGGAGAUUGUGAUGAUGAUAACUUUAGGAUAAUGACUUCUUGUCAUCAGACAUUAAUUAGAUCAACUUUUGUUUUUCCAAUUUUCCAGUACGUCAUUGGUAUUUACUCUUCAUCAAUUCUAUGAAGUGUGGGAGGUGAUGAAUAAAUAGAUAAAUAAAUAAAGUUGAUUCUGAUUGGAUUUGAACUUAGAAUAGGGAAAAAUGGUGAAUUAGAACUAGUUAGCAUAAAUCAUUCCAGUCUGAUAUUGUAAUAUCUUGUUUUAGUCUCUUCGGCCCCCCCCUGAUUCUUCAUAGUUGUGACAGCUAUGUGCACGAAGCAUAAGACAUUUGCUCAUUUUCAUAUAAGUACAGGCACACACACACCACACACUUAAAUAUUUAUUUGUAGAAAUAACCCAUCCCAUGUAGAUGGAGAAAAUUGUAUGAUUGCUGAAAUUUUACACAUGUGACACAGAUGUAGACACGCACGUGCGUGUGAGCACAUACACACACACACACACACACACACAAAUAUACACACAUAGAAAUACACACAGACACACACAUACACACUAACGUGUGUAAUCAUCAUUUAAUGUCCAAGUUUCAUGCUGGCAUGGGUUGGAAUAUGUAUGUGAAUAUAUGUAUGUAUGUAUGUAUGUAUGUAUGUAUGUAUAUAUAUAUGAAAUAUACAGGUUUCAUAAAAUAUGUAGGCAUGAGCUGCAGAUUUAUGUGUUUAGAUUUACACACACACACACACACACACACACUCGACUGGGACAUAAGGGGAUGGCAAAACACAAACAUCUCCAGUAAAGAAA